AGUGGUGCUACUUAGUACCACGCGCUUUCUGAAACAACAUGCAUUCUCGAUUCGUUAUCGAAAGUAGCGACUAAACCGACUGAUCAAGCAACAUGUCUGGACGUGGCAAGGGAGGCAAAGGACUCGGAAAGGGAGGUGCUAAGCGUCACCGUAAGGUUCUGCGUGACAACAUCCAGGGAAUCACCAAGCCCGCCAUCCGCCGUCUGGCUCGCCGUGGUGGUGUCAAGCGAAUCUCUGGUCUGAUCUACGAGGAGACCCGUGGUGUCCUGAAGGUGUUCCUCGAGAACGUCAUCCGUGAUGCCGUCACCUACUGCGAGCACGCCAAGAGAAAGACCGUCACCGCCAUGGAUGUGGUCUACGCUCUGAAACGCCAGGGCCGUACCCUGUACGGAUUCGGCGAUAAACAUGUACGUAGUGCGUUAACGUUAGAGAAAUGGCGGGAAGGAUUCACGCACCCACCAAUCACCGCACUCACAGAACGGACCAAUGGCACCGUGCUACGCCGUCCAAUCAGGAAUAAACCGAAGCACCAAUCUACAAUGGCUCGUACCAAGCAAACCGCCCGCAAAUCUACUGGAGGAAAGGCUCCCCGCAAGCAGCUUGCCACCAAGGCAGCCCGCAAGAGCGCCCCAGCCACUGGAGGUGUCAAGAAGCCUCACCGUUACAGGCCCGGUACCGUGGCUCUCCGUGAGAUUCGUCGCUACCAGAAGAGCACCGAGCUGCUGAUCCGCAAGCUGCCCUUCCAGCGUCUGGUCCGUGAGAUCGCCCAGGACUUCAAGACCGAGCUGCGCUUCCAGAGUUCCGCCGUCAUGGCCCUGCAAGAGGCCAGCGAAGCUUACCUGGUUGGCCUGUUCGAGGACACCAACUUGUGCGCCAUCCACGCCAAGCGUGUGACCAUCAUGCCCAAGGACAUCCAGCUGGCUCGCCGAAUCCGUGGCGAACGUGCCUAAGCGGGUUCUUCUCCACUCCAAAACCAAACGGCUCUUUUCAGAGCCACACAAAGUCAAAAAAGAGAUUGAGUGCUGCUGUCAUCCAUAUUAAUUAAAAAGCCCAACAAAAUAUUUACAGCAAUGUUGAAUAAAAAACUGGGCCCUACCCAAUUAUAUCACAAAAAUCUGGCCCUCUUGUUUCUGAUUUGAGCUUUUCUUGUCCAGUUCAAUGAUAUGAAGUUAUAUAACUGACGAGACCUUACUAAAAUUAUUUAUUUAUUACUAAAAUUACCUGCUAAGUAAAAAUGAACAAAUUGCAGAUAAAUUCAGUGACAGGCCCUAUGUGUAAUUGUACUAUCCAUGUCAAAUUACAGUGGUUGGUUGUUCCAGCUGGGAAACGCAACUGUCAGAUUAUAUUUAUGUAUUUCUUGUGAAUGGGUAAUUUGAAAGGAAGCCGUGGUAAUGAUGCUGAUUUGUAAUAACAAAAUGCAUAUUCAUUUUACAUUAUGUACAUGUGCGGCUACUUAUCACAGAGCAUAUUUAUGUGUAGACCAACCCCAUGUAGUUUAUUCCAAUACAAAUUUCCUUGGUCGGGGUUUUGCCAUUUUUUCAAGGGUUUGAAUUAUUUGUCUCACAAAAAUACAUGUACAGUGUACAUGUAUUUUUACCACCUCAUGAAACGGCUGCCCAAAAUAUUGGCAUUCCCCUAUGACUUGAAAGUGGUGCGGCCUUGGCGAAGAGGUAAAAGAGAUAUUUCAUGGAGAGUUUUUGGGCACAUGCCAUGUAGAAAAAGAAACAAAAUUGCUGGGGAGAAUGUGGGGCCCGGUGAGCGUGUUGAUGUGUGGUGAUUACAUGUACAUGUAUGAACAUGUGAACGUGAAGUGUCCUCAGAAUAAAUGUGUACAGAGUACAUGUACAUGUUUUUUGUUCAUUGACACAGCUUGGGGGGGGGGUUUCACUGUGAGGGGUGUACAUGUACUGUGGUUGUCCUUUUGUACACUUAAAAAUUGAGUAAUUACUUGGAUAACAUGCGUUCAGUUUUGUUCUGUG